UCGUGGGACCCCCCCACGCGGGAGACGGAGGCAGCUCCCGGGAUAUGUACCCUGGGGUGACGCGGUACGGUUCCAUGGAGCAGAGGCCGCCCACUCCGGAAGCGGACUAUCCCGACCUGUCUCCAGAUGAGCUGGAGGGUUAUCCCGAGGAGGACUACUCGCCCAUGGGCUCCUACGGUCAGGGGGCCGCUCUCUGUCUGUCCCCGAGGCGCUCCGAGGAGCUGGGCUCGCCCCCGGGCUGGUACGGGCACAGCCAUCCCGAGGGAGCUGUGUUCUGCCCCGAGCACUUUGCCUCCGACACGGUGAGGACGGGCGGCCGCCAUGACCGGGCCAGCAGCAGCUCCAGCCAGGACAGCGGGCUCUUUGCCUGGCACAGCACCAUGCCGCCGGCGCUGGGGGUCAAGGAGGAGAAGUUUAAAAGCCUCGAAAAAGCCGGGGUGCUCAACCGGACCAAGACGGUAGACAGAGGGAAGCGGCUCCGGAAGAACUGGAGCUCCUCCUGGACGGUGCUGGAGGGGGGGAUCCUCACUUUCUUCAAGGACUCCAAGCACUCAUCUUCCGGUGCCUUGCGGCACCCCAGCACCCUGACCACCCCCGAGCACACGGUGGAGCUGCGCGGGGCCACCCUCGCCUGGGCCGGCAAGGACAAGUCCAGCAAGAAGCACGUCCUGGAGCUGAAGACGCGGGAGGGCUCGGAGUUCCUCAUCCAGCAUGACUCGGAGCAGAUCAUCACCGCCUGGCAGAAGGCGAUCGCCGACAGCAUCGGCCGGCUGGGCACCGAGCUCCCCGGUGAGGAGGAUGCCGAAAGCGGGGCUGAAUUCGGCUCCCGGGAGAAGCUGGGGGGCGGCGAGGAGAAGAGGGCAGGAGCGCCUCAGUCCCUUGGGACGAUGCUGACCUGUGCCCUGUCCCCGCCAGCGGCCGGGCAGGUGAUGGGCAGUGCCAGCGGCGAGAGCGACUCCAGCAAAGUCCGGAACAAACUCCGCAAGUUCCUGCAGAGGCGGCCGACGCUGCAGUCCCUGCGCGAGCGGGGCUACAUCAAGGAUCAGGUUUUCGGCUGCUCCCUGCAAGCGCUGUGCGAGCGGGAGCGGGGGACGGUGCCCCGCUUCGUCCUGCAGUGCAUCCAGACCGUGGAGAGGAGAGGUCUGGACAUCGACGGGCUGUACCGGGUCAGCGGCAACCUGGCCACCAUCCAGAAACUGCGCUACAAAGUGGAGCACGAUGAGCACCUGGACUUGGACGACGGGCGCUGGGAGGACAUCCACGUUGUCACCGGGGCGCUGAAGCUCUUCUUCCGGGAGCUGCCGGAGCCGCUCGUCCCCUUCAGCCACUUCGACAAGUUCAUCGCUGCCAUCAAGAUGCAGGACCCGACCAGGCGGGGCCAGUGCAUCCAUGACCUGGUGUUCUCCCUCCCGCCCGCCCACCAUGACACCAUGAAGGUCCUCUUCCGCCACCUCUGCAGGGUUAUCGAGUACAAGGAGGAGAACCGCAUGUCGGUGCAGAGCAUCGCCAUCGUCUUUGGCCCCACGCUGCUGCGGCCGGCAAGCGAGGAGGGGAACAUGGCCAUGCACAUGGUCUUCCAGAACCAGGUGGUGGAGCACAUCCUCAACCAGUACAGCUACAUCUUCCCCGACAGCUAAAACCCCCUGGGGACAUGCGUGGGGACAAGCCCAGCAGUGGGGACAUGAAGGAGCAGCAUCU